GUUUUAGAGUCCUCUAUCCUUAUCCCCAAAAUCAAAUGGCAAUUUCCUCUCUGUAUCCAUCAAAUUCGCUUCUCAAUUCUCUCUUCCCAAAUCCCUCUUCCACCUAUUUCGAAACCUUGAAAGUGUACUUACAUGAUGGAUUGAAUUCACCACGAAGAAGAAGAAGAAGAACCAGUGGCAGGUUCGCUGUAUCAUCAUCGCAUUCAAAUCCCAAAAUUCUCAAGUCGAAUCGCAGGUCCAGAUUCGGUCGCAGACUUUCUCCUUACGACAGUGACAAUGAAAAUGAAGCUAUUGACGACGACGAUGACGAUGAUUGGGUCGAUGACGAUCCCGGACCAGGUUAUGAUGAUGACGAUAAACUCAAACACAAGUCAAAAGCUGCAACCAAUGGCAACGGAGGCAGCAUGUAUUCACGAAUGGGUAGGAAGCAAAAAAUCAUCAACGGAAAUGGGAAGGUCAUGUUAGAUAGAAACGACUACACGGGUGUUUAUCAGACUUCAAAUGCCAAAGGGAAAGAAAAGGAGGCAGGGAAGUCUUCAAAGAACAAAUAUCGGCAUUUAUUAGAGGAAAUAGACGUAGACGAGAAAUGGUUUCCGCUACUUGAUUACCUUACGACUUUUGGCCUUAAAGAUUCGCACUUUAUACAAAUGUACGGUAGACACAUGCCUUCGCUUCAGAUAAACGUUACUGCAGCCCAAGAAAGAUUGGAGUUCUUGAUGAGUGUUGGUGUGAAAAAUAAAGAUAUAAAGAAGAUACUCAUGAGACAGCCGCAGAUUUUGCAGUAUACAGUCGAGAACAAUCUCAAAUCUCACGUGGCAUUUUUAUCGAGUUUGGGGAUUCAAGAUGCAAGAAUUGGACAGAUUAUAACCGCAACUCCAUCCAUCUUCUCUUAUAGUGUGGAAAAUUCAUUAAAGCCUACCGUGAGGUAUUUGAUAGAAGAAGUUGGUAUUAAAACGAGCGAUUUGAGUAAAGUUGUGCAACUAAGCCCGCAAAUUUUGGUUCAACGAAUUGAUAAUUCUUGGAACGCUCGGUAUAGAUUCCUUACGAAGGAACUUGGAGCACCGAGGGAUAAUAUAGUGAAAAUGGUAACUAAGCAUCCACAGCUCCUUCACUAUAGCAUCGAAGAUGGCCUAUUACCUAGAAUCAACUUCUUAAGGAGUAUCGGCAUGCACAAUUCCGACAUAUUGAAAGUGUCGACUAGCCUCACACAGGUGUUCUCAUUGUCCCUCGAGGGAAAUUUGAAGCCGAAAUACUUGUAUUUGGUCAACGAACUUAAAAACGAGGUGAAGUCUUUGACCAAGUACCCUACGUAUCUAAGCCUAUCCCUAGACCAGAGAAUCCGACCCCGCCAUAGAUUCUUGGUUGCGUUAAAGAAAGCUCCAAAGGGACCGUUUCCGUUGAGUUCAUUUGUUCCAACGGAUGAAAGUUUUUGUCAGCAAUGGGCGGGAACUAGCGUAGAUAAAUACUUGGCUUUCCGUCAAAGGUUAUUGCUCAAAGAUUUGGCGAAAAAAUACGAAAGAUCGUGACCGUUUGUGAUGCUGUUAAAGGACGAAAUCUUGCUUCCAAUAUGACUUCAAUCCUGCAUUUUCUUUGGGAGCUUAUUCAUUGUAGAGCGUACACCCUGGUAAUUUCCGGGUUCCUUCAACUAAUUUCAAGACAAGUUGUAGCUCGUCUGUUCAUUGCUUCGUGACAAACCAAGAUCGCCUCCAAAUUAACGCAUUCAAGGUUUAAUUUGUUAAAUUUGGUUCUGCAAGAGGACACAUGAAAUCUUUUGGCCAUGGAAUACCGAGAUUAACCGUUUCUACGUGCGAGUUCAAUUUUUGUAUACGUAUGAACGUGCAAACUACGUCUUUUUCUUCUUGUUUUUAACUUCAUGAGACGACAAAAUGUGAGUAGAAAGGUAUACAUAAGCUUGUUCAUUUCCCAUUCCCGUUCCCGUUUCCAUUCCCGUAGUUUUUUUCGAGUUGAGAUUAUACGAGACAAUUUUAUCUGUGUACAAGGACAAUUUCGUCUUUUUAGUCCAUUUAUGUUCAUUUC